AGAAAAUGAUUGCUACAUCAAGAGCGUCGGGAGAACUUUGUUACCGUUCAUCUAGGAGUGAUGCACGUAGUUCUAUCAUAAGAAAGCUGAUAAGUCGCACGAUAUUUGUCUUGUUCCUGGAAAGCUUGUACAUACUUAAAAGCAGCUGCUAGCGUGGAUGCCGAUGCUUGCGCGGAUCACUUCACUGGUUGGCCUUGUCGGCGCAUUGCUCGUGCUUCUCUGUCCGGUGCUGUUGCACAAAAAUCUUCACCUAGUACUAGGCCCCGCAAUCAGCUUGUUGUGGAAGAAAGCGACCCAGCACGUGCGGCAGAAAGAAAAAGCCUUGUUCCCGUCUCUGGUUAUUGCAGGAGACGAGAGGCUACUAACGGACGGCGACGACCAUAAAGGUCGAUGGCAUGACUGCAGCUUAAGGACAUACGUUUUGUUGGUCCCACGCAGUGCGUAUUAAACAUCGGAAAAUAGUGAAUUCAAUUCAUGGGAACACAAUAAGCUUGGCCCUUACUUAAAUAUUUUUCCGGCGAUCAUCACGAUCGAGUUCGUCUUGUCGGUCCCAUCUUGGAAAGCAAAUACAAGUAGACAUGAUACUAGAAUCAAUCACAACGUCUAAGCGAGAGUGACGUACUUGCGGACGGGGCCUCUUCGGAGCUUGUGUGGACAAACGUCACCAGUAUCCCCGAUCCUCUGGUGCCUGGCAUACAACAAGUCAUUCAUAAUUACGAGAAGGCUACUGAAGAAUGGCUAAAAGAUUAAGAUACUGUUACCUAAGGAUAGAAAUCAUUCCUCCCACUCCCUCAAGGAGUAUCCUUCUCCAUGUUUCAAGGAUUAUCCGAUGGCUUCCUCCUUCCGAUCAAGAGAGAAGAAUGAUUGUCGUUGACACAGCUAAGUUGAUGGCUCGAUGUGGUCCUACCUUGAUCUCAUUGACCAUGUUAGAGUAAGGUCCACGACAUGACAUGGUGCCUGUGGACAUAGAAUAUUAGAGGUUUGGUGGUCCUUGAUCCUCCUCUAAGAACCGGAGUUCGAUUUUAUUGGUCCAGUGAAGCGAACAGCACUGUUCAAUAGUUUGCAGCAGAUGUACCUAGUGGACCUGACAAGCUGGGUACCGGUGAAAUUCUGGCUCACCUUCGUUUUCAUUCCGAAGUUACGGUCGUGGUCUUUUAGAUGCGUGUUUAUUCCGUCUGACCAAGAGGACCAUUCUUGAUUUUUGAUGAUUUUGAGAGUUCUAUCUUUCAGACUUAUUAUUCUAAUCAAUGGUAGUGGGUACUUUGUGUCGUGUUUAGAGUAUAACUGGAAAAAAGUGCUAGACGUGCAUGAUAGCGAGAAUAACUAUCGGUAAGAUCUAACCAAUGUAGACAAUUGCAAAGAGCAUGCGGGGACGUGCCCACUCGAAGCUGGAGAGCACAAAAUCAUGGACACGAAACACGAUCCCCUGAUGCCGUACUUAUACUUUUUGUCGCGCACCACGCACAGAAUAAGUUCAUGAAAAUGGCAAAGAAGCAGGACGUGCCAUAAUUCGAAACAUUUGAUACUUGUCAGAUAGCCAGGCUGGAUUUUUGAAACAAUCAAAAUUGUCACUCUGAGAAGUUUCUUUUGAAUACGUUUUGUAUCUUCAAUUUCAGAGGCACGCCCGGGGGUUGGUACCGCUCCCGACAGAUCUAUCACGGCAGCGAAGGCGAGGUAAUUGGGUGUGUGGACGUGCAAAAUUAUUACGAUGCCGCAAAAAGCAGCGUCGACGAGGGGAGCUCGCAUCUACGAUCGCGGAGAUCGGGAUUAGCUGCGACGUGGAAGAAUUCUGAGGAGGUGGAGGUUGUCUAAGAAGAUGAUUACUGCUUUCCGUUUAGCGCAUCCCGUUUUACAUGCCUUCUACGGCUAUUUCCCAUUCGUGAAACACUAUGCGCGAAUAGGUCUUGUGCAUCAUUAGGAAAUCAUAUUUGGCAGAACUAUUUUUGCGUACCCAUAUCCAAUUACAUUUUUUUAGAAGCUCGUGGAUUUGGCUGCUGCCGACAAGACACUCUGCUCAAGCAUUCAGGCGUAAGGGUGAUGGUACUAUAGCUUGUUCUACUUACUCUUGUUGUUUCGCGGGUGUGAGUGUUGAGGCAAACUGGCAGAGAAAAGAAUGGAGGUACAUUCAAGACCGACACGGUGGUCUUCCUGUGCGAU